AUGGCUGCAAACAUGCAACCGAUAGUGCGUCUCUGGUUUCGACAGAAGGGAUGCAAGGGCGGUAUCACUGCAGCGUCGGGCCGGCUAGUUACGGGCCAUCAAGUACUUCACACAUAUCAUCGUCGGCAGGACCCGCUUUCGUCUCGCGGAACAUCUUCUCAAGCAGGUCCUGGCUCUUUGGCGGGUAGUUCAUCAUCAUAUUCAUCACAGUCUGCGGCAGGACCGAGCAUUACCAACAUAUUCCUCGCCACAGCGGCCAUCAUCAUCGCGACUCCCUACGCCCUGGAUUUGUACGGACGUGCUACUGGCACAACGUCUUUGCGCUCAACCUUGUCAUCGAAAUCGGGCAAGCUUGAGCCGUACAAUCAUCGUCCGUUUCCCUUGAUCUCCUCGAGCUACUAUCCGGAACCAGAUCGCGCCUCUGUUCAUAAAUUAUUGCACAUCGGUGUGCCUGCUUCGGUCGUCGGAAGCGAUGUUCGCAACGAAGAUAAGUUGAAGCAAUUGUUGCGGGUCAGAAGCAUAUACAUCAAGGAGCCGAGUUUGGUAAUCGAACGAGCGUAUACCCCCUUGUACGAUACACUUCCCGGCUCCUACUCUAUGGCAUUGGUGGGAGCUAGUGCAGAAGAAAAGCAAAGGGUGGAUCUGUUGGUCAAGAGGUAUCCAGACGGCGAGCUGGGGAAAAUGCUGCAUAGGGCUGUGCCAAAUCCUGCCGUGCCACAGAUAGAAGUGAGGGGUCCAGUGGAUACGUGGUCUUUCGAACGAGAUUCGGCUGCGAGCGGCGAAAUCCCGGACAGAAUUGUGAUGAUCGUUGGCGGAACCGGCAUCACACCUGCUUAUCAGCUCUUGACGAACCUCUUUGGUCGACCCUGUACAUCUGCUACAUCCACGGCUGUUAGUGGCAGCCCGAAGAUCGACGUUCUCUAUGCGACGCCGAACCUCAAAAAUGCGCUUCUCCUUCCACAACUGCACGCACUCGCCUCGGCGAACAAGGACAAGCUUUCCGUUUCUCUCUUUUCCGAGAAACUUGCUGGGUCACCCUCCGCCCUGUCACCCGCCGAGCUCUCUGCGCUGGGCCCACAACUCACCGCCUCAUCAUCCGGUCGCUCAUGGCUGUCCUCGUUGUGGGGUAAAUCUCGCUCCGCACUCGAUCCACAACUCCGUCUCACCUCCUCGCAAUCGCCAACCACUACGAUCCCCGUCUACGAAUCGAGGAUCGUGCAGCAGCAUAUCGAACAGCUUCUUUCGCCGAUCAAGCCGCAACAAAAGACGGGCAGAACAUUGAUCUUGGUUUCAGGUCCAGAUGGGAUGGUCGAAGCGAUUGCUGGCCCUAAAUCGCGCGAUGGCCAGCAUCAAGGUUCGCUAUCCGGUAUGUUGGCAAAGAUUGGCUGGAGACAGGAGGAUGUGUUCAAGCUGUAG